CAGUACCAACUCUUGUUCAGUGUCAUUGCAGGCCUCUGCCCGCUGCGGCCGCGCGUACCCAAUCAAACCUCGCCGCAAAAGAGAUUCCAAAAGGAUUACACAAUUACACCUGUGCUUUUUUUAACGCCAUUAUUACUUCAUACUUGUACCUCCACACUAACACUAACAUGCGCCUUCACAAAGUCUACCACCGCUUCUCUCUCUUUCAUUUCCCCAAACCGCCUCUCCUCCUCUCCUCCACUCCUCACUUUCUCUCUCUAAAUCCCUCUGCCCCUCCUCCGCUUCAAUUCAUCAGCCGUUCUUCAUCAACUUCAUCAGCUGCCCUUAGAGCCAAAGCUAUGAGAUUCCGGAACGUCGUUCCCGUCAACGCCUUUGAGAACGACGGCGCCUCUAACGGCGCCGCUCGUUCUUCAUCCUCCACCACUGACUGUGAAGAUUCAUCCUCGGGAAAUGGAUAUUGCCUUCCUCCACGGGAGAUUAGAGAUAUUGUUGAUGCACCACCGCUUCCAACACUAUCAUUCUCUCCCAAUAGGGAUAAAAUACUAUUCCUUAAGAGGAGGUCGUUACCUCCUUUGGCUGAAUUGGCUAGACCCGAGGAAAAACUUGCUGGCGUCCGCAUUGAUGGAAAAUGUAAUUCGCGAAGUCGAAUGUCAUACUAUACUGGCAUUGGAAUCUACCAGAUAAUGGAUGAUGGUACCUUGGGCCCUGAAAAAGAAUUAUCUGGGCUUCCAAGUGGUGCUAAAAUCAAUUUUGUCACAUGGUCAAAUGAUGGUAGCCAUCUGGCCUUCAGUGUACGAACAGACGAGGAGGACGGCAGGAGUAGCAUGCUAAAAGUAUGGGUAGCUGAUAUUGAAGCGGGGCAGGCUAGACCCCUUUUUGAGGCACCAGAUAUUUUUCUAAAUGCAGUUUUUGACAACUUUGUGUGGGUAAAUAACUCAACCCUGUUGGUUUGUACUAUUCCUCUAUCUCGUGGAGGUCCUCCAAAGAAACCUCUGGUUCCUUCUGGUCCUAAGAUCCAAUCUAAUGAACAAAAGGAUAUCAUUCAAACAAGAACAUAUCAAGAUCUUCUGAAAGAUGAGUACGAUGAAGAUUUGUUUGAUUACUAUGGGACUUCACAACUUGUUCUGGUUACUCUGGAUGGAUCAGUUAAGCCAAUUGGAUCUCCAGCUAUAUAUACGUCAUUAGAUCCAUCUCCAGAUGAAAAGUAUAUUAUGAUUAGUUCGAUGCACAGGCCAUAUUCUUUUACUGUACCGUGUGGGCGAUUCCCCCGAAAGGUUGAUCUCUGGACAGCUGAUGGGAAAUUUCUAAGGGAACUUUGUGAUUUACCGCUUGCUGAGGAUAUUCCCAUUACACAUAAUAGUGUUAGAAGAGGAAAACGCUCAAUCCAUUGGAGAGCAGAUAAGCCGUCAACACUUGUCUGGGUUGAGACACAGGAUGGUGGUGAUGCCAAAAUUGAAGUCUCUCCACGUGAUAUAAUUUACACAGAACCUGCUGAGCCAAGGGAAAAUGAGGAGCCAGUUGUUUUGCAUAAACUCGAUUUUCGCUAUGGGGGGAUCUCAUGGUGUGAUGAUUCUCUUGCAUUAGUUUAUGAAUCUUGGUAUAGAACACGGAGAUUACGGACCUGGAUUAUAUCACCUGGAUGUGAGAGUGCGAGUCCUCGGAUACUGUUUGAUAGGUCUUCUGAAGAUGUUUACUCAGACCCUGGUUCUCCGAUGCUGCGGAAAACUUCUAUAGGCACUUACGUGAUUGCAAAAAUCAAGAAGGAAAGUGAUGAAGGCACAUAUCUCUUAUUAAAUGGAAGCGGUGCUACUCCACAAGGGAAUAUUCCCUUUUUGGAUUUAUUUAACAUAAAUACAGGUAAUAAAGAACGAAUAUGGGAGAGCGACAAGGAGAAGUAUUAUGAGACUGUUGUUGCUCUGAUGUGUGAUCAGGAUGAAGGGGACAUAUAUGUUAAUCAGUUGAGAGUAUUAACUUCUAAAGAAUCUAAAACUGAAAACACACAAUAUUUCAUACUUAGUUGGCCAGAAAAGAAAGCAACACAGGUUACAAAUUUUCCCCACCCGUAUCCUCAGUUGUCUUCAUUAAAGAAAGAGAUGAUUAGGUAUCAGAGGAGCGAUGGGGUUCAACUUACUGCGACCCUAUAUCUUCCACCUGAUUAUGAUCCUGCAAGAGAUGGACCCCUUCCAUGUUUAAUGUGGUCUUAUCCUGGAGAGUUCAAAAGUAAAGAUGCAGCUGGACAAGUACGUGGUUCUCCAAAUGAGUUUGCCGGCAUAGGUCCAACAUCUCCCAUGCUUUGGCUAGCAAGAAGGUUUGCUAUCUUAUCAGGACCAACAAUCCCUAUCAUUGGAGAGGGGAAUGAAGAGGCAAAUGAUAGGUAUGUAGAGCAACUUGUUGCAAGUGCAGAGGCUGCAGUUGAGGAAGUUAUUCGCCGGGGUGUGGCUCAUCCAGACAAAAUUGCUGUUGGUGGUCAUUCCUAUGGGGCUUUCAUGACUGCAAAUCUCCUUGCUCAUGCACCUCAUCUUUUCUGCUGCGGGAUUGCCCGCUCUGGAGCAUAUAACAGAACGCUUACACCAUUUGGCUUCCAGAACGAGGAUAGGACACUUUGGGAGGCCGUUGAUACCUAUGUUGAAAUGAGCCCAUUUAUAUCGGCUAAUAAGAUUAAGAAGCCUAUCUUGCUUAUCCAUGGAGAAGAAGACAACAAUCCAGGAACCUUGACAAUGCAGUCAGAUCGUUUCUACAAUGCAUUGAAAGGUCAUGGUGCACUUUGUCGCUUGGUUAUUCUUCCAUUUGAGAGCCAUGGCUAUGCAGCACGAGAGAGUGUGAUGCAUGUCCUCUGGGAAACUGAUAGGUGGCUGCAAAACUACUGUGUGACGGCUAAUUCAUCAGAUGCUGGUGAAGACCCUAAUGAGCAUGAAGAAGAUGCAAGCUGCAGCAUAUCAGAUGGAGAAAGUAAAGUUGGUGCAGCUGGAGGAGUUGCAGAGCGGCCAGAUCAUGAAAUUGAUAAAAUUCACACCAUGCACAGGUCUUCAUUGUGAUACAAUUGAUAUGAUCCAGAAAAACUGAUACUCUAAAGCUCUUGAAGCUUAAAGUGGAUCAACUGUAGUUAACCCUACAGGUGAAAUGCAGCUUAAGUUCUAUGAUAUAGCUCCACUAACCAAAUACUUGUAUGUACCAAAUAAUUGAGGUUCUUCUCUUCUAAAAUGAUCUUUGCCAAAAAGGGGCAGUCCAUUACCCUCUUCAGGAUUUUGCUUUGGGUUCAUCAGCAAAUAUUUAUUGCCGGGAAGCAAAUAAGUGGAUUGAAGUUAAUAAUAUUUAUCGUCAUUGAUUUAUGCUUUUGUA